AUGCACAUCUCAUACAUCUCCCUAGCGUUCUUCGCUAUCGGCGCCAUCGCCGCGCCCGCCGCUCCCAAGCCCGGCAUGGGAGACAUCACUAGCGGCUUCCCCUUCAACCCAACCGGCUACUCCAGCGUCGAGGAUGGUGAGGAGGGAUUCGGCGACUCCUUGGCCUCCGCCCUCGACGCAAUGGAGAAGGCCGAGGUUGCCAAGCAGUCUGCUAAGAUGUCCGCCCAUAUAGCCGCUCAGCCCACAGCUUCCUCCACCGCGGCACCCAGCGCGCACCAGAUUGAGCCUACUUCCGCAUCCGCAGUCUCCAUCCCAACUCCAGUCGUCUCCCAGGUUCCAACUACCUCCCACGCUGUCCCUGUCGCCUCACAGGCUCCUACAGUUUCCAAGGCUGCCCCUACCACCGCCGUCCCCACUCCGACCCGCGCCGUCAUUCCCACUCCCUCUAAGAGCGGUUCUGCUAAGAGUGGUUCUGCUUCUCCUUCCUCCAGUGCGGCUCACCCCCCUAGCGCAACUGCUUCCGGUGGCGCCCUUGGUAGCCUUGUCAAGGAUAUUCCCGUUGUUGGGGGUCUCGUUAGCGGUCCCAUGGCUGGCCUCGGUCUCCGUCAUUGA